AAUAGUUUGCAUCGGAAGGAAUUUAUUUUUUCUAUGAAGACUUAUAGAUUAGAUUUGAUGAGUCACUUGUAGACCGACGUGUGAUCUUUACUUACUCUUGAAAUUUAAUCAUGAUUUAUCUGGAAAUUUAAAAAGUUGUAAGUUUCUAUAUUCGAAAUGAUGACAUGUCGUCACGUGCGAAUUGUUAUAAAUAAAUACACAGGAGUUGUCCUCCAUUAAUUUAUAUGUUUUUUUUUCGACGUCGAUAGAAAUGGCUUCUAAGUUUUGGAGUCGAUUUUGGGGGAAAGAGAGUGAAACUGUGUCCACGGAACAAGCGAUCCAAAAACUACGUGAUUUGGAGGAAUUAUUAAAUAAAAAAUCUGUGUACCUGGAAGAAAACAUCCAGCAAGAGACUGAAAAAGCGAGAAGCGCCGGAUUUAAAAACAAACGAGUUGCCUUAAAAGCCUUGAAGAAAAAGAAGAAUUUUGAGAAACAGCUGGCUGAAGUUGAUAAUACGCUGUCCACCAUCGAGCUACAGAGGGAAGAUCUAGAAAAUGUGGGAACCACCACCACUGUUCUCCAAGUCAUGAAAAUCGCCAAGGAAACCCUCCAGAAAGCUAAUCUACAAUUAGAUGUAGAUAAGAUACAAACCUUAAUGGAGGAUAUAGAAGAACAGAGGGAAUUGGCACGAGAAGCCCGGGAAGCCAUAAGCAUGCGUAUUGGCCCAGAUGAUGACGACGAACUGGAGGAAGAAUUGCGUCAGAUGAUGGAGGAGGAGGAGGUGGAUGAUCUUACAAAGGAACUGAUGAAGUUAGAACCGGUUCCUGCCAAGUCUGGGGACGAUCUCGUUAUACCGGAUACAGCAUCAAAAGUCCAUAGGGAAAGGAAAAAGGAGAAUGAAGAAGAUGGUCUUCAGGAACUUGCGGCGUGGGCGAAUUAAUAAAGCAAUGAUCAUGUCUGUUCAAUCUCUACCCAGAGUUAUCGUUCCACUAAUAGCGAAGCGAACGACAACUCUGGGUAGAGAUUGGAUGUCUGUUGAUCCAACAAUGGCAAAUUACAGCACCAAUUGUAUACUAGAAUAAGACUGAGUGCUAAUGACAUUCUGUUGUUUAAAAAAUGACUGUUUUUAAAGGUUCUUUACAUUGGAAAUGACAUAGUUUUGCAAAGUACUGCACGGUAUGCUAUGUUUACCACAAUCAACGUUGUAAUAAUAUAUUGACAAUUUUUUUUAGAAUCAAUUUUGUUGAAAUAAUUAUAUAUGUAAAACUGAAUCUAAACAAGCAUCCUAUACAUACUUGUAAUUUUAUCAGCUCAUUUUUAUUUUUAUUGUUCACUAUAAUUAAUGCCUGGAAUUUGGAUGAAAUACAUGGAUCAUAUAUGCCCAAAGAUAAUGUCGAACUCAAAGGUCAAUUCACACAAUAUAAAUUAGGAGCAGAACAAACAGGGAACUCCAAAACAUCAGAAGUGGGAUCAGGUUCCAUGGAGGAGUGAGUAACCCCUGCCGUGCUCCUUUUCACGAUCGAAAUAAAAACAUCGGAAAAUCCAUUAGCAUUCAGGGUGUAAAUAAUGACCUAACAAUUAACUUGUGUAUAUGCAUAUUGUAUUUCAUGUAUGAUUAUAAUCGUUAUGUACAAAUGUUGUGAAUGUACUUUCUCUUUCCCCCAAGAGGACCCUUAAUUUGUCAAUAAACUAAUUGAAAUGAA